AUUGCAAACGGGUUAGGUUAGAUCUACAGAUACAUUUACAGCUAAUUUCAGUAUGUGUUCACGUAUGCAAUGAUAGUUUGCGGAUACGAAUUUUGUAAUCAUCGAUUCGACAAGAAAUUUUUUAUUGCAACGACGAACUUAUUGGUUAUAACAUGUGUCAUGUGGAUCUUUAUUAUUCAUGUUGCUAAUGUAACAUAAUUUUAAGUGAUAGUCGAUCAUAAAACGACCUUUGUGGAGGUUCAGUGUGCAUGCGCUACGUGCACUCAAUCGAGGCAGUGGUGUUACUUUACCUAAGGCAUAUGACGGACGUUAGCAGUUUUCUUUUUACUUUAAGUAUAAAUUGGCAGCAAGAACUGGCCAGAUGAAGGGAGAAUCUAAUUGCUUCUAUGGUGCUUUGUUUAUUAUUAUUAUAAAUCGUGCAUAUUUUAAUUUCAAUCGUCUUUUUUACAUUUUCUAUGGUUAAUUAUUAAUUGUAUCGUCACUUUUUUAUAAGAAGCAUUUUACAUUCAUUUUCAUACUCUUCGGCGUUCUGCAAAAGUAUUUAAGUGGGCGGUGUUCCAUUUCGUAAAAAAGAACAACAAAAAAUACGAAAAAAUGUUUGUUAACUGUCAAAAAGUUCUAUCAUUGUUAUAUAAUUUAUUUCAUUAUAUUAUGAGUCAAAUAUACCAUUUUUCUACUGUAUUUCACAAGAAUACUUGAUGUUAUGCCUUCUACUUCAAUUAUUUUUAUAAAAUAUUACCAUUCUAAUUUAAAUAAGUUUUUAAUACAUUUAUAUAUGUGUAAUAGUUUUAAUAACACACACAUACACACAUAUAUGCACGCGCGUGCUGUAGAUUAAUAUACAAGAUUAUUAUAUUAGUGCAAAAGAGCAAUAUAUGUAUAAUGAUUAAAUCAGUUGAAAUUUAAAAAAGAAGUACUUUUAAUUGUAUGAUACAAUAUAGAUAAUGUCAGAUGAUGAUGCUGCAUUGGACUCAAUGGAUACAGAAGAAGAUAUCUUUUCUCCAAGAAAUCGUAGUCUGGGCUCUAAUGCCAGAAGGGUUAAAAGUUUGCGUACUUUACGAUCACAUUCAAAUUCUACUUCUCAUAUAUCUAUGAAUAACUUAAGUGUGCGCCGUAGCACACGUCAUAGAAUGCAAACAUAUGAUAAUCUUAAUACUAGCUGGAUUUUAGGUACACAAACAUUGAAAGGUUAUCCUAUGUUUCAACAACAUGGUUCUUCAUCUGAUAAAGAAAUGGUGGAUGAAGUUCCUGAAAGAAAACGUGAUGUUAGGGAGCGUAUGCCUCUUAGAUCACGUGAAAAUCAUCCUCCAAAUAAAAACUCAAGACAUAUUAGAGAAAGAAGCGAGCAUGACAGACAAAAUAAUAGAGAACUUAGAGGAAGAGGUGAUCGUGAUAUUAGAGAAAAAGUAGAGCAGGACAAAGAUAUCAGAGAUCUUAAGGAUAGGCAAGAAAGGGAAAGAACAGACAGGGAUCAUAAAGAUAAGAUGGAAACGAGAAGUAAAUCUAAUGAGGAAAAGGAUGUAAGAACAAGAAAGUCUGACAGUCCAAGUAGACUUAGAGAAGGACCAGCUACAAGACUUGGUGGAAAUUUAAGUGAAAAGGAUGUGAAGCCUAAAGUAGAACGUGUCGAAGCUGAUGAAGAUAGCUCACAAGAAAGCGAAAAACCUGAAAAUAAUGAUAAUUCAGAAAAUGAAGAUGGCUAUGAAGAUAUGUAUACCCGUAUUAAACGAACUAGAAGGACAGCACAAAGGCAAUUACCACGGGGUAAGAAACUUACAGUGGUAGAUAGUGAUUUAAGUGAAUCUUCCGAUUCCCCUGGUCCUAGAAAGUAUAGUUUACGUCAGAAAAAACCAACUGUAGAUAGAUUCCAAGCUAAUGUAGAACCAGUUCGGCGAUCUAUAAAGGCACUUAGAAGUGUUCUUAGUAAUUCCAUGAGAAGGCGUAAACAUAGAAGCAAAAGUACAAGCUCUAGCGAUUCCAGUGAUUCAGAACCACAACGUUAUGAUAAAAAGAAAAGUAAAAAAGCAAGGCAAUCAGCAAUACCUCAAGGUGGACCACCUGAUCGUAAAGCAGAUAUAAAUCCAAUUACUUUAGAUACUAAUAUUAGAUUCAAUGAUGUUGGAGGCUUACAAUCACAUAUUCACUGCCUUAAAGAAAUGGUUGUUUUUCCUAUGAUGUAUCCAGAUGUUUUUGAACGUUUUCAUAUUACCCCACCAAAAGGAGUAUUAUUUCAUGGUCCACCAGGAACUGGUAAGACGUUGAUAGCUAGAGCAUUGGCAAAUGAAUGUAGUCAAGGAAAUAGAAAAAUGUCGUUCUUUAUGAGAAAGGGCGCUGAUUGUCUAUCUAAGUGGGUCGGAGAAUCCGAACGCCAGUUGCGAUUGUUAUUUGAGCAGGCUCAACAAAUGAAACCGUCCAUAAUAUUUUUUGAUGAAAUAGAUGGCCUUGCACCUGUUCGAAGUACGAAACAGGAUCAAAUCCAUGCUAGUAUUGUAUCUACUCUUUUGGCGCUUAUGGAUGGCCUCAGUGAUAGGGGAGAGGUAAUAGUUAUUGGAGCAACAAAUAGAAUAGAUGCCAUUGAUCCAGCAUUACGUAGGCCAGGUCGUUUCGAUCGGGAAUUAUUUUUUCCUUUACCUGCUAUGAAAGAAAGACUAGAAAUAUUAAAAAUUCACGUUAGCAAGUGGAAAAAUCCCCCACCUGAUCAAUUGUUAGAGGUAUUAGCUGAAAAAGCGACAGGUUAUUGUGGCUCAGACUUGAGAGCUUUAUGCACUGAAGCAGUUUUGCAAGGAUUGCGAAGAACUUAUCCACAAAUAUAUAUAACAAAUAAUAGGUUACUUUUAGAUCCUGAACGAAUCAAAGUGAAAAAACGGGAUUUUUUACAAGCUAGUUCCAUUCUUGUACCAUCAUCACAAAGAGUGUCAGCUUGUGCUAGAAGAAAAUUACAACUUUUCAUGGAACCCUUAUUAGGACCUUUAUUGGAAGAGUUACUUAACUCAAUAAAAGGAAUAUUUCCACAAGGAGUUAAUUCUGCUAUGGCAAAAGUGAAAAUUACCAAAGGAAUUCAUCGUCCAAGACUAUUAAUUUCCGGUGGAAAUUUGUCUGAAGGUCAAGGACCACAUUUAGCACAAGCAUUAUUAUAUCAUAUGGAACAUCUACCAAUUCAAACAUUAGAUGUUAGCACUCUUUUUGCAGAAAGUGGACGAUCGCCAGAAGAAACCUGCGUUCAGGUAUUUAACGAAGCUGCCAGGAAUGUGCCGUCCAUAAUUUAUAUUCGGUCGAUUGAUCAGUGGUGGCCACUUGUACCUGAAACUGUAAAAGCAGUUUUUUUGUGUCGUAUUGCAGCACUUGAUCCUUCUUUGCCCAUUUUAAUUUUAGCCACAAGUGAUAGAACAUAUCAGGAUCUUCCUAUUCAACUUCAAAGUCUGUUUAGCGAACUUCGUAGUGAAGUUUAUUCUAUGAAAACACCAACAGCAGAACAAAGAUCCAAAUUCUUCCGACCUAUCUUCAUGGUUCAGAGCUUGAAGCCACCGAAAAUAAAAGAUGACAAAGUAGAAGUUCUAGAGGAGCUUCCUUUAGCACCAGAUCCUUUACCAAAGAAAUUAACAGAAGAAGAAAAGAAAAUAAUGUAUGAAAAAGAAGAAGUUUCGUUAAGAGAAUUAAGAAUUUUCUUGAGGGAAAUUUGUUCAAAACUUGCAAGAAAUAGACAAUUUUUCAUGUUUACAAAACCAGUAGAUACGGAAGAAGUACCAGAUUAUAAUAUGAUAAUAAAACAACCUAUGGAUUUAGAAACCAUGAUGACAAAAAUCGAUAUGCAUUGUUACCUUUGUGCUCGAGAUUUUCUUGAUGAUAUUGAUCUCAUUUGUAGAAAUGCUUUGGAAUAUAAUCCUGACAGCUUACGUGAUAGGCCUUCCCUUGGAAUAUUAAAGAGAGAUCCAGCUGACAAAUUGAUAAGACACCGUGCAUGCUCUCUUCGUGAUAAUGCAUACGCAUUAAUAAAAGCAGAAUUGGAUUCCGACUUUGAGGAUAAAUGUCGUGAGAUUUCGAAGAAUCGUAAAAUUAUUGAAAGUACAUCUAACAACGAGGUAGAAAAUAAGAAUCAGUCAAAAGCAGAGCAAUCCACGUCUGGAACCGAACGAAUAGAUAAAAAAGACACUGCGAGUCCUAGUCAUUCCUUGAUUGUAAAUGGAAGAAGAUAUAAUAACUCCAGAAAACGUAGAAUACCAGCUUGGGCACGGGGCUAUGUAAAAAAAGUUCAAAAAAAGAAGAAAAUCGCAUUUGAUGAAAAUGUAACUGUAUCUGAUAACAAAGUAUGUUUAACCAAUGAAACAACAAGUAUAGAUUUAGAAAAAUUCCAAGAAUUUGAAACUGAAGCAAAUAGUGUUUUGAAUGGUCAUGUACCUUUGUUUGAUAAUUCUGAUUCUGAAAACGAUUCGCAAAAUGAAAGUUCAAAAGACAUGCAAGGAAUUCAAAGCAAUAAUGUCAGUGAUCAGCAUAUUGAUGAAAUUGAAAAUAUGGAUAUAUGUUUUACGGAAGAAGAGAAGAAUGCGGAAAAUAGUGCAUCUAACUCAUCGUCUAGACGGGGAAGUAUAGAUGAAUUAUCGUUUGCUAUUGAAAGUGAUUCUAGUCCAGUCAGAUUUGAAGAAAACGAAAAGUUUGUAGUAGAUAGGAAUGAAUUGGAGAAUGCAUGGCAAACCACCGUUGAAAUUACGAAGGAUUUUCCUGUAGAAGUACUAUGUGACAUUUAUGUGCAACUAAGUCGAUGCGUAGGAAAAUAUGCUCAGAGCUACGAUAGGAAAUCACUGCCAAAGGAGUUGCUCAAGGAAGUGAAAAGAUUUGAAGAGUUCAAGACAACGUACGAGAAAGUUCAUCAUGUCGCUAAUCAAACCGACAUAUUAUAAGUCACAUGUUACUUUUAGUAUCAUUAUAACAAAAUUUUUGUACAUUUACACUAAACAAAGAUUAUCAAUUAAUGUUAAAUCACAUGAUGAUUUAAAAUAGUACAUUUUUUCGUUUCAAUCUUUACAGUUACUGAUAAUUAAUAAGAGGAAGGAGGUAACUUUAAUAUUAUAUAGAUAUAUAUGAAGAAAAACCGAAAUGGUGCAUUCGAAUUUCUGUUUUUAAAGACAUGGUGAAGUAUAACUGUGCGUUAAUCUUACAAGGAAAAGAAUGAUCGUUAUAUAUGAAACUAAAAGGAUACGAUUUUAAUCAUUUAUCUCUCAGUAUCUAAAUAUAAAAUGAUAAAUUAUUAUAAUAAUAUUGGCUUAUAAUUAUUAGUGGCUGACAUAAUAUAUCUCACAGUAAAAAAUUUUGAUAUCAAAUUUAGAUACUUCAAUAAUCAUACAUAAUUCUCAGUUAAUUAUAAAUUUUUGCAUAAAAAUUGGUAUAAAAAUGCAAUAAAAGUAAUUAAUUAGAAAACUACAAAUAAUUUGUUUUCUGUGUAAGUUGAUUUUAGUGAGAUAUUUGUGAAAUAAUUUUUGCGUUAAUAUAUAGUACUUCAUGCCUCAAAGAAGUACAUUUCUUCAUAACAAAAUUUUGCAAAUGGUGGUUAUACAAAGAUGAUGGUAAUUUAAUACAAUAUGUACUUAACUAUAGUUUUUUACAUGUGGUACUUGGCAGUACAUUAUAUCAAAUUAUUUUAUUGUAUCUGCACAUAGUAGAAUUCUAACAAAUCUUCAUAAAAUACAUUAUAGAUUCAUUAUAUGCGCCAGUUAUUACUUUGGAUUUUUACAGACCUUUACAUAAUUUUUAUAAAAGUACUUUAAACAUAGACAUAUCUUGACAUAUAGGUUCCAACAUGCAUAUAUAAGGUUACAUAUGCUCUAUUUUUAAAAAGAAAUUGUUUAGUAAAAUAACAUUCAAUAUAAAAAUGUUUAAGUUUUAAAUUUAAAUUGAGUAAUUUUAUAUAAUUUUUUUACUGUUUCAUUAGAGGUUAUUCAUCAAUCAUUAAAGCAAUGAGAACUUGAAAACAAAUUUCAUAAAUUGUAAAACAUGUAAAUACAUUCCAAAUUUUAUGAACAAUAUUACAUAUUGCAUAAUUAAAUACCUUUGGCAUGUACAUAUAAUGAAUUUUUAGGAGUAGCUUGUACUAGAUUUUGAUAUUUAUUAUAUGCUUUCUUUUCGUAUUUAAAAAUCAUGGAUAAUUUAGUAAAUUAAAUUUAGAUAAUCUGUGUAUUAUUUAAAAUAACGCUUGAUACAAUGAUUUUUCAUCAAUGUGAAUAAAAAUUACUUGUAUCUAGCAUAAAUUUGUCAUUCUUAUAUACAUUACUGAUUGGUCAUAUAUAGCGACUAGUCACGAAUGUUAUCGUGGCAUUAUUCAAAAUUUGAAUUUGUUAUUUUAGAUAGUACGAUUUUAUUGAGUACAAUUAUAAAAUUAUAUAGUUGAAUUAUAUUUAGGUAAUUAGUUUUUUAAUUAUAAUGUGGAUAAUGUACAAUUGAAACAUGCUCGUCGGUUUAUUUUGACCAAAGUUAUAAACAAUAAGCAAAGUAAUUAAAAAAUAGAUUUUGAUUCAGUUAUGGGUAUAACAGUGGAUAUAAUUGAAAAUCAGUAUAAAUAUGAAAUACCUCGGUAAAAAUCGUAAACAUAUGCAAAGAAAAUCGUAUUUGUAUAAAUGUUAGAAAAUAUUUAACAUAAAACUUACAUUCUAGAUUCGUAUACUGGUUGUGAUUUAUACUGUAACAGUGAAAGAAUAGUUACCAAACAUUAUAGAUGAGAGAAAAAAGAUUUAGUAAGAAGAAGAAAAUAGUAAGUUCUUCCUAUUGACAUUGUUCAUAUAAAUAGUAUUCACUUAUAUAAGGAAACAAUGUGUUAGCAAAUGAAUUUCUUUAUUUAGUUUCAAUUAUUUACAUACAUAUAUAUAUAUAUAUGUAGAAUACAUACUAAGUUUAAAAUGGAUAGUAAGAAUUAAUAGUAACUCUUAUGAUCAAGCAUGUAACAAAUAAUACUAUAUUCUUAAAAUAAUACUAUGUAACCAAUAAUUGAUACAAUUUCAAAUAUUAUGAUAUGUUAUUAAUAAAUUGGUAGCUAAUUAUAUAAUUUUUUAUACUUAUAUUGGUCAAAAUUUGCGAAUGUGAAAAUUAAAUUAAAUAUAAAACAUUCAUUUUUCAAUUGUAGCUAGUAUUAUAACUGAGUUUUACGAAAUUACAAUUAAAUUACUUAAUAUUUGUUAGAAUAUAGGGAUGAAAAGACUGAACUCUAGAAAUGCUCAUUACAUAGUAUUUAUUCCCCUUGUGUGUUACUCUCUAUAUUCAAAUUGUACUAGCAAAAUAAUUUUCAGUACUCUAUUAGAUGAAUUUCUUUAGUGUACAUACCAAAUUUUGAAAUAAAAUAAUUUAUAUAUAUAAUUUUUAGGACAAUUAUCUAUAUGUUUAAUGUUUUGAUAUAUGCUUGAUGUUUUAGGAUGAUAUAUUAGAGUUCAAAGAAUGAAUGAAGAUAAUUUAUGGUAAAAAUAUGUCAUGCCAAGAAAAUUCAUUUUAUUUUCAUUGCUAAUUAAUUAUAAUAUUUUUAAAAAGUUUGCAUUCUUUUCAUAAUUUAAUUUAGUAUUAUAUGUAAAACUAUUUCUGUAUUUAAUUAUUAGUAUUAAAAAUGUUCCAUGCGCAUACGUACACUGUUUUGUAUAAAAUUAAACUGUACUAACAGUAAAGGAACUAAUGUUUAAAAGUUCACUAAAAUUUGUAGCAGUAUUUCAAAAGAUUUAAAAAUAUUUGUUAAUGUCUUUGUUAAGAUAUCUUUUUAUAAUUGUACACGAAAUACAAAUGAUUUUAUAAGAAUUUAAAUGUAAAUUAAAAAAUCUUAGUUCACGUAUUUCUGCACAAUUUAGAAUUUAAUUUGAACUUUUAAUAAUUGGGAUGCUUUUUAAUUGAGUAAUUUAUUUAAUUUUAUAUCAAGACACUUCACACGAAAUUUAGUAAAAUUGAGGAUUUGAAUAUUGUACUUUCUCUUGCUCAGGUGUCUAUCCUUUUAUGAUAAGGAUAAUCAACAUUAUAUAAACUAAUGCUACAUUAUGGAAAUUGAAUAAGUAUUGGUAUUGAUGUUAAAUAAAGAGAACUAAGUUAACAAAAAUAGUGUUACCAUUAUAUGAUAUCAUUUAUAGCACUCAUGAUAUAUAAGAAGCAAGGAAUUUAAAGUACUAAAAACGAGCUGUAAUAUUGCUUCUAGUUUUUAAAGCAUUAACAAAAAGUUCAGCGAUAUGAAAUUUUGUUUGAAAUUUGUAUGUUAAUGGUAUAGUCUAUAUUCAGAUACUUUUUAUCAGCUCAAUUUAAUUCAGUAAUAUAGUAUCCAUAAACUUUUAUUUAAUUCAAGUAUACCCAUUAAAUAUCGCUGAUAUUUGCCAAAGAAUUUGUAUAAUAUUUCAAUGAUAAAGAUUGAAAUGUAAAUCUUGAUAAAUAGCAAAUGAUACAGAAAAAUCACAUAUGCAAUUAAUACAGAUUGAAAAAAGGACAUUAAUUGAAUCAUUGUGACUUUUCUGUUUCCAUUGAUAUAUUUUACAUUCCACUUUAUGAUAAAUAAAUCCGAAACGUAAUUACUCCAAGAAUAAUUUCUGGUGCUAUUUUCUGAUGUGCUAUCAUCUCUGUAUUACCAAGAAUAAGCAAAAGACAAAAAAACUGUGUAAUUACAUGUACAUUGUAUUAAUCGAGAGGUUCCCGUAACCACUGCCGUUUGAACUAACUAAUAUAAUUACUUUGCUAAAAUAUUCAGAUAAUAAAGAUUGUAAUGCUGCUAUUUGCAAAGAACAUAUUGAUCUACGAAUUUAAUGAAAUUUUUAUUGAAUAUGUAUGUUCGUACAAUAUGACCUUUGGCAGACAGUAGUUUCAGACAUAUGAAGCAUAUGUGUAGAAGAUAUAGGAAACAAAACAAAAGAGCAUACACUGCCUUAUUUAUUUUACCAUACAGGUAAUGUUUUAUUGUCAUUCAUUGUAGCAUAAUAAAUUGAAAUUUCAUAAUUGUAA